UAAUAAUAAUCAUAAUAUUAUUUACUAAUAUUUGCACAUACAGUAUAUCAUUUAUUUUGCAUAAAUUCCGUUAGUCACCAAUGUUAAUCUUUUUCUACAUUUUUGUUAUGCUUAGGUCAGGUAAAAUAUUUCACUCUCUAAAAAAACCCGAAAGGGAUCAUAUAUACGCAAUAAAUUAUCGGAAGAUAAGUCGCAGCUUGUCUGUAAAAUUUUGGGUGACAAAUAAAAUCGUUGAUGAACGCUUUCCGUUGUUUAAUAUUAAAAACCCUCGUAACAUAUCAGAAGUGGGAUAACCCUACGUGUUAAAAUGUGUGAUAAUAUCGAUUAUGAUGGCUCCCAAAGUGACAAAAGUGGUGGUGAAAACUCAGAAAAAAGACAAAGCCGGGGAAACGCGAAACAAAUAAAAGAAAGGGUGCGGAAAAGACCUCCGAGUUCAUCCAGUUCAACCAGUAGUAGUGAUAGUGAAUCGGAGUACGUGUCCCGAAAACAAAAAAAGACUAAAAUUGAGGAAAUAAUUUCAAAAAAAGUACAUGCCAUCAUUAAAAAAAUGCAAAUUCCGGGUAAUGCGCCGUUAAAUAAUGCAGUAGUGAUACCGCAGAAUUCGCCGGGAAGUUCGGAAAAUUUUUCUCAUUGUGAGUUGGUGCCGAAUUUCGAUCCGGAAGCCGGUGAUAUAAACGCGGUUACGUGGAUAAAUAAAAUUGAACAAUUGGCUUUAAUUUAUAGUUGGACUGAUUUAAAAAAAUCAUACUUCUUGCAAGCCAAGCUAACAGGUAUGGCCAAAAUUUGGUACAAUGGGUUGUCAGAUUACAACAAAACAUGGGAUGAAUGGAAAGAGGCGAUUUUAAAUGCAUUUCCAUCUCAUGCAUAUUUUGUAGAUAACUUAAAAAAAAUGCUGAACAGAAAGAAGUUAGCAAAGGAAAGUAUGCUUCAUUAUUAUUAUUCUAAAUGUAUGCUGAUUAGAAAUUGUGAUAUCUCGGACACCAAUGCGGUUUCUUGCAUUAUUGACGGGUUGCCACCAGAACAUCAGGGUACCGCAAAGUCAGCAAAUUUUAAAACGCCUGAUGAACUCUUUCGUGGGUUUUUGUGUAAGCUCGACAAAGAGGGACCAGAAAAAAUUGAAAUUAAUGGUCAAAUCUUUAAGAAAGAAAACAUCGUUUGUCCAAUUUGUAAAAAACCAGGACACCAAGCCCGCAAUUGUUAUUUCAAUAAGGAGACCAACAAGGCGGGACCAUCUUCGGACAAAACGCCAUAUGAUAGGAGGGCUACUAAGCAGUACACGCAUUGUCAAAAACUGGGACAUCUAAGGGAGGAUUGUUGGCACCUCAAGAGUUCCAAGGUACAUUUGCUAAAAAGAGAAAAUAAAAGGAAGUCGAGGACGACCAAAAAGUAGGAUGGCCGAGUGUUACGUCCUGUUAUUAAUAUUUAAUUAUUUAUGUAUAUCAUUAUUGUUAGAUGUAUUGUUAGAUUGUUAGAUACAAGUACUAAUAAUAAUCAUAAUAUUAUUUACUAAUAUUUGCACAUACAGUAUAUCAUUUAUUUUGCAUAAAUUCCGUUAGUCACCAAUGUUAAUCUUUUUCUACAUUUUUGUUAUGCUUAGGUCAGGUAAAAUAUUUCACUCUCUAAAAAAACCCGAAAGGGAUCAUAUAUACGCAAUAAAUUAUCGGAAGAUAAGUCGCAGCUUGUCUGUAAAAUUUUGGGUGACAAAUAAAAUCGUUGAUGAACGCUUUCCGUUGUUUAAUAUUAAAAACCCUCG